GUUGUCAGCGGCCGCCUCGCCCCGCCACCAUGAUAGAGUCCUGCUCCAAGAAGCGCAUGAUCGUCGCUAUCGCCUGUCUCAUCGGCCUGUCUGUGCUGGUUCUUAUUGUGGAGAAUGAGCUGACCCCAUCCGACACACGGCCUCACACCCACACCACAGCACUCCCAAACACCACCCUUAAGGAGCUAUGCUGGACCAGAGAGGACACACAAGAGCUGGAGGAGUGUCAGCCUUGUACUGCAUUUGAAAGAACAAGUGGAAAUCCAUCAGUGUGUACUUCAGCCAAGUACCGCCAAAAGAUAAAUUGCAGUAAAACUGGAGAAGUGUUCCGAAAGUGUGAUCGUGUGGUAUGGCUAGAAGAGCGCCACUUCUGGACCUUUGAGGCAGUGAUGGCAAUGGUCGGGAUGGCUGCUGGACUCGCAACCAUGGCCAGACAGAAAAUUCUUGACCACAGAGUUGUUCAGAGGAUACAGCGUCAAGUUGCAGCAGGUGUUUGAUUGUUUGUAUGUAUGUAUAAAUGUGUGUAUGUGUAUGGUAUUUUGUAUAUUCAGAGUUGUGAGUGUAUGAAGUUAUUAUAUUGAGACCUUAUGAAAAGUAAUGUUAGAGUUUCCUUCUUCCUUCAUGUAUUCAUAUCUAAUUGCUUUUGGUUAGAGAAAUAAAUAGCAUGGUAAUGUAAUUUUCUAUCAUUCCAUUUCUGUCACUGUCAUCACAGAUUCAUCCUAUCCACUAGUCACAUAUACACGAAAGCCUCUGCUUGACGAACUGCAUUACCUUCCGGCAACAGUUGAGAGAAUACUUAUUUUAAGUGUAUGGGGUAACACUUUACAGCUGCCCCAAUGGUCAUGCCUUAUAAACUAAAGUAUACUCUGUUCCUUAGCUGUGUAAAGCCUUGAUGAACUUGGAUGGAUAAGAAUGCCAUUUUAUCCUUCUUUCUAUGGCAUGAAAGUUGUUCCUGAAUGAAGAUUUAUUUAUUAUCUCACUCACUUCCACCUUGGUUCAUCAGACAGAGGUUUUAUUGUAUGGCUGCUGUUUAUUUAUGACUCUGCAGGUGAAGUAGAUAUUUAUCAUAAUAUUUACAUGAAUAUAUGUUGAGGAUGUAAGUCUUUCCAAACAACUGGUGUAUGUUGAUAGAGGAAUCCAAGUAACUAUCAGGAGUAAAUUUGAUUCAUUAUUUCCAUGUCAUAAUCUUUUGUUGUGAUAGUUCUUUAACACUUCAAAACAUGUACAUCAAAGUAUAUAUAAGUUGGCAUAUAUUUUCACUUUGCAAUUGUUGUUGAGUAAAAUUUAUAUGUACUGUAACUCCCAAAGGUAUAGAAUUAUAAUAUGCUCUACAAUCUGAAACAAUGAAUCUGACACAUGUUGCAUGAAGUGGUGAACAAAUUUUGAUGCAUGUUUGCAGUCAUAUGGUGGGGUGGUGUUGAUUAGCCUGUUAGCAGUAGUGCCUCUGAAGGCUAACCACUCUCACCAACCUUACAGAGAUAAACGGUCAGGCAGCAUGUUUUAUAUUGUUCACUGUGCCAUCCUUCGCCCUGCACAUCAAAGAGUUUUGGGAGCCAUUGCACAGCAGAAGAUGAAGACAGCUAUGUUUAGGUAUAACCUCUCGGAACUGGUAGUGUGGAAAUCAGAAACUCACUCAACCUUCCCCCUUCCCUUCCAAGCACACAACAUGUACACACACACACACACAACACCCACCCUCACACACAUGCACCCCCCCCCCCUCCUCCCCCAACACACAAAGCAUAGUAGUAUGGAAAGCACAGUAUGUACUCUUGUUUGAUGUCUCAUUCAUAAUUGGCUUCAGGUUACCAAGAAGGUGCUACAGGAAGAAAAUAAUUUGUCAGGCCAGACAGAGACAGGUGAUGAGUGUCUUAUAACCCUAGCAGAAUCAUUACCUUAUGAUGCCCCACAGCAGAUUCCUAAGGUUGGUUGAGAAAGCAUAGUAACGUGUACUAUUGAAUGCAAAGGGACAGUGUGAAACCCAUUUUAUAAAGCAGAAUAUACUGAACUAUAAUACACUGUUAGAUAUCACCUUGUGUUACAUAUCAAUCCUUUACUGCCUUUCCAGUACUGUAGUUUAAAAUGCUGCUGGAAUUUUUUUUUUUAGUGAGGUAGGGCAAGACCAGAGAUGUAAAUUUGAACUCCAGUAGGGCCAUACUAUUGGCCUCUCUACUUUAGUCUGUUGAACAAAGAUUUACUCUUAGCUCCAAAUGCAUAGUGGAGUACAAUUCUGUAUAUAAAGAACAGGAAGUGUGACUACAGCUCAUUUAGAUUACAGCUGAUCUUUUGGAUUGGGCUCAAAGGGGUAUAUGUUGCUGCUUUGCAUGUAUGUGUUUGUGAAGUGUAGAUAACUUGUUACUUCAUUAAGAGAUUAAGUAUUUAUUCAUAAGUAUACAGUGCAAGUACAGUGGAGUAAAAUGUCAGUCUUCCAUAAUAUUGAAAUUCUGCUCAUGUUGAUGGUGUCCAUGAAUUAGAUACCAGUUCUGAGAGUAACCUGCAUAACUGUUGGGGAUAAUGUUCAUAAUGCUGAAAUUGUUUUGUACAUGGACAAUGAGGUGACUGCAUUAGUUUUAUCUUUUAUUAUAUAUUUAUUUAUUUCCCUUACCGUGAUGGAUAUUGUUUCAAUAAAUGAUAACGUUUUAA